GUGUUUAUCACUCAGAAUCUACGCCAUUUCAAGAAGCAGUUGAAAAAGGAACAGGAAACAAAUAACAGUGAUGUUAAUGUCAUACAACAAGUUCUGUUCAUCAAAUAUUGGUAAAUACUGUAGCUAUCGCAACUUGUGGCCAGUACAUGGAGAUGGAGACCUCUGAUCUGGACACAAAUAAAGGGACCCCUUCAUCAUCAAAAUGUAAACACCAGGUAACGAGAUCCGAUUCACCCAGACCCAGCUGUGUCUCAAUGAAGAGUGACAUAUCUAUAGAUAAUCCUCCAAACUUUAAAGACGGACAUUCCAUCUCUGUAUACAGUGUUCAGCAGAAAUCAGGAGACAAAAGUAAAAAGAUUAUCAUCAGAGAUACAGGGCCUGAUGCAGAAUCUGAUGUAAAUGAAUUCCAUAAAAAGUUUAAAUUAAAUUUGCUGAAAAAAUAUCAGGAUUUAAAUGAAGCAAUAUUAAACCAGGAAAACCGAACCCUGCUGACUGAGAUUUACACAGAGCUCUACAUAACAGAGGGAGACAGUGGAGAUGUUAAUAAAGAACAUGAGGUGAGACAGAUCGAGGCAGCAUCAAGAAGAACAAUAGAGGAAACACCAAUCAAAAUCAAUGAGAUUUUGAAAAACUCAUCUGAUCAAGACAAAACCAUUAGAACCGUUCUGACAAAGGGAGUUGCUGGCAUCGGGAAAACAGUUUCUGUGCAUAAGUUCAUUCUGGACUGGGCUGAAGGGAAAGAAAAUCAGGACGUCCCACUCAUAUUUCCACUUCCUUUUAGACAGCUGAAUUUGAUGAAGGACCAGAAAGUGAGUCUGAUGGAGCUCCUUCGUGUCUGUUUUAAUCAAAAAAAAGAAACAGAAAGAUUCAGUUUCGAAAAGGUUUUGUUCAUUUUUGAUGGAUUGGACGAGUGUCGUUUCUCUUUGGAUUUCCAGAACACAAUAAGAGUGUGUGAUGUAACUGAAUCAGCAUCAGUGCCUGUGCUGCUAAUAAACCUGAUCAAAGGAAAUCUGCUCCCCUCUGCUCUCAUCUGGAUCACCUCCCGACCUGCAGCAGCUGAUCAAAUCCCCUCUGAGUGUGUCGAUCUAAUAACACAGGUACGAGGGUUCAAUGAUCCACAGAAGGAGGAGUACUUCAGAAAGAGGAUCAGUGAUCAGAGCCUGGCCAAUAACAUCAUCACACACCUGAAGUCAUUAAGAAGCCUUUACAUCAUGUGUCACAUUCCAAUUUUCUGCUGGAUUUCAGCCACUGUUCUAGAGAGAAUGUUGGGUGAAGCAGAGAGUGGAGAGAUCCCCAAGACUCUGACUCAAAUGUACACACACUUCCUCAUCAUUCAGAUAAACAUCAAAAGAGAAAAGUACUCAGAGAAUGGUGAAGAAAUGCUUCUCAAACUGGGACGACUGGCUUUUCAACAGCUGGAGAAACACAACCUGAUCUUUUAUGACGAAGACCUGAGAGAGUGUGGCAUUGAUGUGAGAGAAGCAGCAGUGUACUCAGGUGUGUGUACACAGAUCUUUAGAGAGGGGAUUGAGCUUCACCCGAGUAAAGUGUACUGCUUUGUUCAUCUGAGCGUUCAGGAGCAUCUCGCAGCUGUGUAUGUGCACCUGAAGUACAAGAGGGAAAAGAGAAAUGUUCUUGUACAGACUCAGUCUUCAGAUCUGAAAGAAAUUACAAUCUCAGAUGUCCAUAAGACUGCUAUAGAUCAGGCAUUACAGAGUGAGACUGGACAUCUAGACAUUUUCCUUCGCUUUCUUCUGGGUCUCUCACUUGAGCCCAAUCAGGAUCUCUUACAUUCAUUUGUAACACAGAUGAAAUGUAACUUAGAGAGCAAAGAGGAAACUGUUCAGUACAUUAAAAAUCAAAUCAGUAGAGAUCCUCCUACAGAGAAAUCCAUCAAUCUGUUCCACUGUCUAAAUGAACUGGGUGAUGAUUCUCUAGUGGAGGAAAUCCAACAAUACCUGAAAUCUGGAAAACAAAGUGAACUCACUUCUUCUCAGUGGUCUGCUCUGCUGUUUGUGUUACUGACAUCAGCACAUGAACUGGAGAAUUUUGACCUGAGUAAAUAUACCACCCCAGACAACAUAUCAGAUUGGGUUCUUUUGAAGAUGAUGCCUGUUAUUGCAGAAUCAAGAAAAGCAAUUAUCAAUUGUCAUACAAUGAAAUGGAGAAGCUGGACAGCUCUUGACUCAGUGAUCAGCUCAAACUCUGACAGCAAAACCUCCAAUCUGAGAGAACUGCAUCUGAGUGUGGGUACAAUUGAUCUGUCUCAGAAUAAUCUAGGUGACUCAGGAGUAAAGCAUCUCUCUGCUGUACUGGAGGAUCCUCACUGUAAAGUAGAAGCACUGAGGUUGUUUAAUUGUGGUGUCUCAGGUGAAGGCUGUGCUGCUCUGGCUUCAGCUCUAAAAUGUAACCCCUCACACCUGAAAGAACUGCACCUGUCUAAUAAUAUACUAGGAGAUUCAGGAGUAAAACAUCUCUGUGGUUUCCUGGAGAAUUCACACUGUAACCUGGAGAUAUUUGGGUUGUGUUACUGUGAUAUCUCAGAUGAAGGCUGUGCUGCUCUGACCUCAGCUCUCAGAUUAAACCCCUCACACCUGAGACAACUGGAUCUGUCUGGAAAUAAACUAGGAGACAAAGGACUGAAACAUUUCUCUGAUAUCCUGAAGGAUCCUCACUGUAAACUGGAGAAAUUGAGCACAUCCAACAGACGCUCAAUUGGACUGAGAUACAAAGAAUUUGAAGGCGGAAUCAACACCUUAAACUCUUUGUCAAGUUCCUCAAAGCAUUACUGAACAAUGUGUGCAGUGUGUCAGGGCACAUUAUCCUGCUAAAAGAGGCCACUGCCAUCAGGGAACAAGGGGUGUACUUGGUUAGCAACAUUGUGUAGGUAGGUUGUAAAUAGUAAAGUAACAUCCACAUGAAAAGCAGAACUCAAUGUUUCCCAGCCGAUCAUUGCCCAAAGCAUAACACUGCCUCCUCCAGCUCAGGUUCUUCCUAUAGUGCAUCCUGGUACAUAGUGCAUCUCCUCCCCAGGGGGUGGACUAAAUAUUGUCAUGUCUAUUCAUUGUCACCUAAGAUUACUUGUUUAUAGAUCUGUAGACCUGAGAGCAGGGGUGAGCAGAUACCAGACACAGGACCACAAAAGUAGAAGGGAAACUUGGCUUCAAGCUUCUCUGCUCUUCAAAACAACGGUGCAUUGCCUGUUAAGCACCAUGUCAAGUGUGGAGUAAGAAAUGUGUCUCUCUUGUUGUGUGUCACUAUGUUAUAUUCAUUUCCACAAUACCCCCCAGCUCCAAGCUCAUCAGAGAGUAUGACUGUUCCUCUCAACCUUUCUUGGCUACAUCUAGCAGUCCAUAAGAAGCUCAAAGGAAGUGAUGCCAGUGGAGGUCUGAGGCAUCUCUCAAAUAACACACUGGACAUAGGAAAGUGGGAAAUUUCAAUUCCAUGCCUUUUCAUGAAUUACUAAUUGCAGCAUCUCCUUCAGUUGAACCAUGCCAGCAUGCCAUUGGUCUGUGCAUGGGCCAGAUGUUUUUGACCUGUAAAACCUGUCAUAGAUCCAUAAUUUUUUUUUUUUUUUUUAAUUGCAUACCUUGGUCAUUGAGUAGAACUUUGACAUUGCUGGUGCAGUUCUCCACACUUUUGACUGGUGUGUGAACAAAUGUAUAUAAAGUUUAUGGUCAGUCUGAAGUUUAUUAUUACAUAAAACCAAUAAAACUAAAUAUAACACUGUAUA